GUUCCACGACCGCCGAAUCCUUUCAUAUGCUUUCGACAGGAGUUCUCGCGUCGGUGCCGACAAGGCGUGAUACCCGGCGUGAUACCCGGCGUCACGGUGCGCGAGCAGCGAGUCGUCAGCAUGCUCGCGGGAAAGGCGUGGACGGCAUUGCCUCCGGACGAAAAAGCCAAAUACGUGCAGGAGGCGGCCUUGCGAAAGUGGGAGCAUACGAGGCGUCACAAGGGAUACAAUUUCCGUCCCCAAUCAAAG